UUCCUGUACCACUCGUUCAUGUGUAAGAGACUUGCUACACUGCAAGACAUCCUUGCCACCGUCAUGGCCACAAUACGGCAGGGCUGCACCUUCAGUACUUCAUCAAACACUUACACGGAGGCGUUCGUCUUAAGUCAGAUUCAAUCUUUGCUUCAGCGUUGUGAAAAACAUCAUCAUAUUUUUGUUUUCCACAAAUGUGAGAGUUUGAGAACAUCUGGAAGAGACCAUGAAUUUUUGGCGUUUUUGACAAAAAUGAUCAAAUUUUGGUGGUCAGUUGGUUUCAUGGUCAGUGUGGUGUUUUCAACAUUCAAGAAGUUUCCUCUUUCAGGUCUAAACACUGGACUUGUGGAGGUUUACAUGUUAACUGACCCCAUCGACAUCAAGGCGUUACUGGAACACCACGCCCCUGGUGUAGACGUGACAGGCUAUAUAAAGAUUUGUCAGAAGUUUUUGUGUUUUCCAGAAGCUGUAGUUCGGCUUGCGGAAGCAUAUCUUGUUGACUAUGCGACACAAUCUAGUCCAGAAGAUUUGGAAAAACGUGUGUUGGUGGAUGAACAUUUCCAGUCUCUGAUAUUUGACAAGAGAGUCGAUGACGUAGAAGGUUGGCUGCAGAAAGAUGACUUAGAACUUCUCAUGUACUUUGGCAGCUCCGUGGACUCAACUUUUACCGAGGGUAGGGACUUUCAUAACACAAAUAAAUACAAUGGUGUAGUAAGAAUCUAAACUAACACAGUAUUCUUUUGAUUUAAUUUUAUAGUAUCCCUUGUAACUCUGUCAUUAUCUUUCUCUGCGGUAACCUUUGAGUUGUAGCUAAGCCAUUAUUUUUUCUGUAUCCUUUUAGAAAACUUAAUUGAAGUUCUAAAAACACAAAUGGAUGUCUACCGAUUCGACCAAUGGGUGCAAUCAUUAUUUAAGCGACUCAAAGACAACUACGUGUUUCGUGCAGUUUAUGAAAGCGGCAACCGACUAGCUGUCCAUCCUCUGCUGGUCUACUAUAGCAAGAUUGCCAAAACGCAGGGCACGUUAGAAAUUAAAGACCAGUCCUGUAAUAGGUCAGAAAAUAUUUUGAGAUUUUCUUGUAUAUCUUCAAGAUUCCAACUUUAUUUUAAGUGUCACUUGUUUUUAACAUUCGCUUAUCACUCGUUACUUUUAUUUUUACCUUUUUUGAGCGUCACGUUCUUAAAACUUACAUCCUUCCAAUAAUUAAGAUUUUCAAUUAAAUUGACCUGGCCUACUUGCAUUAUUUAGAUAAAUAAAUAAAAUAUUAGCGUGCAUUUUUAGUGGGCACCCUAAAACAUUGUCGAAACCUGAGAGUUUUUAUGUAUAUAGUCAAGAACCCAAAUUCAAUUCAAGAUUACUUUUACUCAUCACUCUUUACUCUUAGUUUCACCGUCUUUGUGUGUCACCUACUUAAGAACACCGAGAAAAACAUCCUGCUCCAUGGUAAGAAG